AUGAAUAAAGCUAAACACAAAAAGAGAGCCAAUAAGCCUAUUCCAGGUCUAACCAAGCCAGAAGAUCAGAUAAGCUUGAAAGAAAUUGACAAAAGGUUUAAACACAAGCGUGACAAAGCCACCAAAGUCAAGGAUGACCUCAAUGAAAAGAUUGAGAAACUAUCCCAGCUCACUGAGGAAUCCAAGCUCAAGAGAGCCAGGAUGAAUGCUAAUAUAGCUAAGAAGAAAGGAACAGCCAGGGAGAUCAAAAGAUCUAAAAAUUUCACUAUUGAUGUGGAAAAUAUUGAAUUCCCAGAUACGGUUAUCCAGACUUCAGAUGAAGUCACUGUUAUGGAAGCAGUUCAAAAUUUGAUCAAAGAGCAUGUAGAUUAUGAUGAUGAUGAGAUGUUCACUGAUCCUGACUUCAAAGCCAUACCAGACUCAAUCUACCUGCAAGAUGAUAUUUCAAAGGAGGAAAAAUAAGGACUUCUGGAUAGAUGACAACCUUCAAAAGGUCAAAUGGUUUAGGAUUAAAGAAAUCGCAGAAGAUGACGAAUGGGGGUUCUCCUCACUUUCCUAUAAAAAGAUAGAUGAUAUGAGGAUAUGUCAAGGACAGCUCAAAGAUAACUGGUUCCUAUCAGCUUUGUCGAUCCUGAGAACUGAAGACUCUCUAUUCCAGAACCUUACCUGUGAUAAACAAUUUGAUCGAUACAGAAAUUAUGGUCUCUAUGUAUUUAAAUUUUACAAAAAUGGGUCAUCCUGCUAUGUAAUCAUUGACGACAAAAUUCCAUGACUUGAAAAAUCUAAUGGAUCGAGAGUUCCAUACUUUGCUAGAUCUAGAUAUCAAAACCUUUUCUGGGUAUCUCUAAUAGAAAAAGCAUAUGCUAAACUCCAUAAAAGAUACUGGGCUUUAAACAAUGGCACCAUAGAGGAUGCGCUUCAUGAUUUAGCAGGAAUCUAUCCCGAAUGGCUCCCAAUAGACCAAAAUUCCUUCACAGAUUCUGGUAAAUUAUAUGAUGCUUUGAAGAUUUUCACUCUUAGUGGCUCAUUGAUUGGAACAUCACUGAUUUACGAUAAGACUGAAAUCUCCAAAGCUCUACGCACAAAAGAAGAGACAGCUGCCCUCUCUAAAGGAAUCCAGCCUGGAGUUUAUUAUUCAGUCCUUGACUGUCGCGAAUGCACAAUAGAUGAGGAAUCUGGCAAAUCAGCUAAAAUAGUUAGAAUCCAGAACUCUUGGGAAGACUCUCCAGAAUGGAAUGGAGAAUUUUCUGAUGAAGAUGAGAUUUGGACUCCCAAACUUAAAAAAUAUUUUAAAUCUCUCUCCUCCAACCAAGAUAACCCAAGGUAUGUCCAUCAAUGGUACUCAGACGACGGCAUUUUUUGAAUGAGAAUAGAAGACUUUGCACAAUAUUUCAACUCAAUUUACAUAAUGAGGGAUUUCCCUGAUAAUUUUGAAGGUGUGAAAUACACAUCAAAGUGGGAUCCCUCAUUUGGCUAUCAAAAUAAGAAAAAUGUAGACUGGAUAAAGAAUCCUCAGUAUGUAUUCAAAGUGAAUGACCAAAAACCAGUUGAUUUCACUAUCUUCCUGCAGCAAAAAGAUCCUAGAUUUAUAUCUUCAAACAGCCCUCCUUACAUUCCAAAGUUAUUGAAUAUCGGAUUUUUGGUGUGCAAAAUUGCCAGCACAGAGAAUGAGUUAAAAUUCUACCAUGAAUCUAAAGAAAUUUACCGAAAGAGUCCUACCUGCAAACGGUUUGUUCAUGGUAAAUUAUCACUCCCAAUCGGCCGUUACAUAUUGGUCCCAUUUACUGAAAACACUGGAGAUUGAAGUGAAUUCCAACUGAAAUUCUUCUUUGAUAGUGAUUUCAUAAAUUUCAUAACCCCUGGAUACAAAGUUAUCCUUGAAAACGAGCAAUCAAUAGAGCCCAUAAAACAGGAUAUUUCAAAGAAGGACAUUCUCUCCAAGAUGAAUGAAAGGUUACAUAAGGGAGGGAAAUAUGACAAUGUUCUUGGUGAGGUCUCUUCUAUGCGAGUCAGGACCCACAAAAAUACUCCUGGAGAUUGGCUUAUCAAACAUGAAAUUGCCACCAAUUCUUGGGCUUCAAAAAUCAUGGUUCCUUUCAAUUGUGAUUAUUUAAUAAAUACAAAGGGUAUGAACGAAACUAUUGUCAAAGCUGGACUCCAUGAUAAAAAUUCAAGAAUUUCUGCAAAUGCUUCACUAAAACAGUCGAAAUCUUCAAACACAAAAGAUAGUUCUGUCCCUAAGAAAGUCAUGGUUGAUCACCUUGAUAUGAAAAAGGAGUUUGAAGAAUCUCUAGUGAUCUCUUAAAAGGUAAGCUAAAUGAAGACCACCAAUCAAUUCUCUUUGGCAU